AUGCCACCAAAGAGGAAUAGGAGAAAUGUGAGCGAUGACGAAGAUGAUGCCCCGGUUCCCAAAGAAAUACCCGAAAAGCAUAGUUCUGACGAAGACCGCGCAAAAGGUAGGGGAGGGAAGAAGGCAGCAAAUAAAAGGUCCAAGGACAAAAAUAAGUCGGCGACUGUGAACGAAGCUUCUGCCCCUGUUCCUGAAGCCACCGGCAAAACUAAGGGAAAGCCCAAAAAAGGCCGUAAGGCUGUUGACUCGGAUGACGAGUCUCCGAGGCAGAACCAGACGGCUGUGCCCGAGGAGAAACAUUCAAAUGAUGACGACAAGCAGCCAGCCGGGGCGCAAAAAAAUACUAAGAGGGGAGGUGGAAAAAAUCGUCGAAAACAUUUUGACUCAGAUGAAGACGAGGAAGAAGCGCAGGCGCCUUUGCCAUCAGGCAGAAAUAAGGGACGGUCAAUGGAGGAUUACGAGAUUGACACCCAGCGCAAGCAAAAAAAUCCAAAGCCGGGCAAAAAGCAGAAGGCGCAUGCACCAUCAGAAGAUGAGGAUGAUGAGCAAGACAUUCCAAAACCAACUCUCAGUGAAAUGGGAGCAUUUGAGGUAGCAGAACUUGCAGACGAUAAUAUCGAUGAGGACUUUUACAAAAAGAAGCGGAGAGCAAAUCGCGGUAAGGCUGCUCCGAAAACGUCCGCAAAAGAUAAAACAGCUCAAAAAGUCGAGGCUGAAGAUUCAGCAAACGAAUCAGAUACCGAGUCGAAGGGUGUAGCAAAAAAGAAUAAAAAGGCUCGUGGAAAAGUUGAAGAUGAAGAUUCAGCAAACGAAUCAGGUACCGAGUUGAAGGGUCUACCGAAAAAGACUAAAAAGGCCCGUGGAAAAGAUCAUCCCGAAGAUGAGCUAGUUUCAAAACUGGCUGAUGUACAUUUGGAUGAAAGUGAGCCCCCAGUAAAAGAUCAGCCGUCAAGACAUCAGACACCUACAGACUCGCUGAUCGAGAAGGUAGCAACAGCUGAUGCCAUGGAAGAGGAUGCGUCCGCAAUACCAUCAUUGGCGAAACCCAAGAAAUCUAAAAAACUGUCCCGCUUUGAGGAGUUAAUCACUAAACCUCCGUCCCCACCGCCAUCACCACCUGUGGUUCACGCGGAAGAAGAGGUCGCACCUCUGUCAAAAAAAGAUAAAAAGGCAAAGAAAAUGGCUGCCCUUCAAAAGGUCUCUGUGACUCCUCCAAAAUCGCAUGAGGAAACGGAAGAAGCAGAUCAGGAAGUUGUUGAAGAGCCCAAAGAGGAAGUCGCCCAGCCCGAGGUUCCUGAAGAACAACCAGAGGACGCUGUUGCCGUUGGGGAGCCUGAGCGGCCUGUCGUAAAAAUGUCGAAAAAAGAGAUGAAAAAGCUAAAGAAGAAGGAGCAGUUCGAUAUUAUGGUUGAAUCGGCGACGGAAAAAGCUAUUGCAUCGAUGGGCACACUUGAUAAUUUCGCUUUGGCACAAGCUUCAUCUCGAAGCGCAGUCCAGGAAAAUUCGCUCGAUAUUAAACUUGAAAACUUCUCCAUCUCCGCGAAGGGCAAGGAACUCUUCGUGAAUGCUUCUCUCCAAAUUACUAAUGGUCGUAGAUACGGCCUGUGUGGACCAAAUGGACAGCCUUUCGUUAUUUAUGCCCGUGUUCAUCAGCUGCUGUCAAGUGAAUCAUUUGUAGUGGAUGACUAA